ACUUGCACACUAUUAACAAAGAAGUACCGUAUUCAUAGUUGACCACGUUUUAUGUAUUGUGGUAAAAAGUCAAAUGGCAACAUAAUACUUAUUAAAAGUAGUCCGGGUUAGUUCCCACGUUUGACAAAUUUUGUUAUGGUCCAAAGAAAGGUUAAACUUUGACCCUAAUUCCAAAAGGUAUGUUCGCUGCAAACACAGCACUGCUCAUCACCGAAAGAACGCGAAACGUACAGUGAUGCAUGGUGGUUGGGUUGCUUUUCUUCAUGCUUUUUCAACAUGCUAACACAUGAACUUGUGAGGAAUAUAACUGUAUAAGUAGUAUUUACUUUUAUAAUAAAAUGGUAGACGGCAUGGUGAGCGACUGGUUAGAGCAUAUGCCGCACAGUUCUGAGGACCGGGGUUCAAAUACCGGGUCCACCUGUGUGGAGUUUGCAUGUUCUCCCGGUGCCUGCAUGGGUUUUCUCCGGGCACUCCGGUUUCCUCCCAGAUCCCAAAAACAUGCAUGGUAGGUUAAUUGAGGCCUCUAAAUUACCCGUAGGUGUGAAUGCGAGUGAAAUGGUUGUUUGUUUAUAUGUGCCCUGCGAUUGGCUGGCAACCAGUUCAGGGCGUACCCCGCCUCGUGCCCGUUGAUACCUGGGAUAGGCUCCAGCACGCCCGCGACCCUAGUGAGGAGAAGCGGCUCAGAAAAUGGAUGGAUGGAAUAAAAUGAGAUGUUGACGUCCGUUGCCAAGACAACCAUGCUACUGGUGCUCAGUGCCGCUCUGGUGGAGAGCACGGUGUUUCUGCAGCGCGCCUCGGCCGGGCAGAUCCUGCGCUCAGCUGCCGCCAAUAGGAGGCGACGAGCCAAUUCCAAGCAUCUGGAGGAGAUGUUUCCCGGUGACCUGGAGCGGGAAUGCUACGAGGAACGCUGCUCCCAGGAGGAGGCCGCCGAGAUCUUCCAGUCGCAGGAGAAGACGCUUGAGUUCUGGUUCCGAUACACAAACUUGAAUCCGUGUGUGACCAAUCCAUGCGUGAAUAGUGGGAAGUGCAUGCUGGAGCGAGGACACUUCCUGUGUCUGUGCCCACCCCGUUACCACGGCAGCACCUGCCACUUGGAGGUGUUGUCGUGCGGCUAUAGAAACGGCGGCUGCCUGCAGUACUGCACAGACCUGCCAGGGGGCACUGGUGUUCAGUGUGGAUGUGCUGAAGGUUUCCAGCUGGAUUCUGAUGGACAAAGCUGCUCCAAGACAGUGGCGUUUCCCUGCGGUGUCCAGCAGCCGGCAGCAUUGCAGCGAGGACGCUCCCUCUUGAGGCUCGCUGAUAACACCAACGACACUGUGGAAACUGAUGUCAUCUUGGAGGAGGCCAAUUUCACCACCGAUAUGGACGCCUUCUUGGACGACACCAUUGUCACCAUGGAAACGGACGCUAUCUUGGACGACACCAACGUCACCGUGGUAAUGGAUGCCAUCUUAGAUGAUGACCACGCCAUCCGCUUCAAUUGGACUCACAAUGCCGACCAGCCACGCAACACUCGCAUUGUUGGGGGAGCCCUGGAGAGACUGGGAGGAAGUCCCUGGCAGGUUCUCAUCCGCCGUGCAGAUGGUCACGGUUUCUGCGGAGGAACACUGGUGUCGGACCGCUGGGUGGUCUCAGCGGCGCACUGCUUCCAGCAAACUGCCCACCACGUCACCAUAGGCGACUACGACAAGCGGCGUCGUGAUCCCGGCGAGCAAAGAAUUUCGGUCGAGCAGGUUGUGCUUCAUCCUCACUUCCAUGAGUUCACUAUGGACUCCGAUGUGGCUCUGCUCUACCUGGCCCGGCCCAUCGUCAGGGGGCCCACCGCCAUCCCUGCCUGCCUGCCGGAUCCCCACCUGUCAAAAUACUUGCUCAAGGAGGACAACCGGGGCCUGGUGACAGGAUGGGGGGCCACCCAGUACCUGCGCCGAUCCUCCCGAUUCCUCAGGAAGGUGGCGCUCCCGGUGGUCAAACACCGCACCUGCACACAGUCGACAGAGCAGGUGAUCACAGACAACAUGUUCUGCGCAGGCUACGUGGAUGCCGGCAUGGACGCUUGCAGCGGGGACAGCGGCGGUCCCUUCGUGGUCCACUACCGGGGAACCUGGUACCUGACGGGCGUGGUCAGUUGGGGUGAGGGCUGCGCUGCCAGCGGCAAAUACGGCGUGUUCGCACGUCUUGGAAACUUUCUGACCUGGAUUAGGACCACAAUGGACAUGAUGGACCGGAAUGCCACGCGCAGUUGAGCCUUCUCUUCUUUUAAUGGAUAGAUGGAAGAAGUGAGCCAGGUCAAGUGUGGAUGUGUGUACAGUGAACUACCUAUUGCAGUAUUUUAGUAAUUUUGAUAUUACUGUAAUUACAGUAACAGGGUUGCGAAUCAAUGUGAAUGUUAACAUUUUUGCUCAAGCGUACAUGCUAGCUUUGUUAGCUGCUAUGUUACUGGUCAAGAACAAACUUAGUUGCAACAUGUAAUAUAUUCAUCCAUUUUCUAUAGCACUUAUCCUCAUUAGGGUCACGGAUGAGCUGGCUGACUUUGGGAGCGAGGCUGUGUACACCCUGGACUGGUCACCGGUCAAUCGCAGGACACAUAGAUGGACAAUCAUUCAUACUCACUGACGCUUAGAAUGUGGGAGAAAGCCAGAGUACCCAGAGAAAACCUGCAUAAGCACAAGGAUAAUGUGAACUCCCUAUCGGGUGGAUGGAUUUCAAAAAUUUUGAGGCCAAUGUCCUAACCACUCGCUGUGCAAUUAAAAAAAAAAGAAAAGAAAAGGUU